GCGCCCUCGUUAGUGUGCUAGUUCGCUCUACUUGAACAACCUUGCCUACUGCUAGACCACUGUAGUAGGCGACUAUGCCACAUUCGCGAUCCGAGACGAACACUCUCAAUGACGCCACCGAUGUAGAGAAGGCAGCCCAGGCGCCCGCUGCGCCCAAGGAACGCACCCCCUCGCUAGAGGUCGACCCUUACAUCUGUCAACUUGACCCCGCGGAUGAUCCCAAGACCUUAGCUGUAUGGAGGAAGUGGGUUAUUGUGCUGACUAUCAGUGCAUCAUCGCUUUGCGCGACGUUUGCUUCAUCUGUGGCCGCGUUCACAGAAACGGGUCUCGCUCGUGAUCUUCAUACAUCGCAUGAAGUUACCAUCCUCAGUAUUAGUUUGUACGUUACUGGCCUGGGUCUCGGACCUCUAUUCGUUGGACCGCUGUCUGAGCUUUACGGACGUAAUAUCGUCUACCGAGUCUCAUACGUUCUAUUCUUUGCCUUCACAUGGCCAACUGCGUUCCCUCCUGAUAUAGCGACAUAUCUUGUCUUCCGAUUCAUCACUGGAAUUUGUGGGUCUGCCUUCUUGAGCGUAGCGGGCGGUAGUGUCAGCGACCUGUUCGACAAUAACCACGUUGCGACUCCCAUGGCCGUAUACACCAUAUCGCCAUUCAUCGGUCCCGUUGUAGGGCCCCUAAUCGGAGGAUUCAUUGUACAAAACACGGAUUGGAGAUGGUGUUAUCGCACUCUGCUCAUAUGGCAGUUUGUGCAGACGGUUCUGUUGUUCACAGUUGUUCCAGAGACAUAUGUGCCUGUGAUCCUGAAAAGGAAGGCCAGACGACUGCGGCAAACGGACAAUCCCAAAUGGCGUGCCCCAAUCGAAAAGCAAGAGCACAGUCUAUUUCGUAUGAUCAUGUUCAGUAUCUACACCCCAUUCAAGCUUCUUCUCCUUGACCGCAUGGCCCUCGCGUUGGAUUUAUGGUCGGCCCUCCUGCUUGGAAUCCUGUACCUAGCAUUUCAAGCGUUCCCUAUCAUCUUCGAAGACGUGCAUGGUUUCGACGUCCAGCAGACGGGGCUUUCUUUCCUCGGUAUCGGACUGGGAAUGGCGCUCGCCCUCGCGACGCAGCCUUACUGGAACAGAGUGUUCCGUAAUGAGACCAAGAAGUAUAACGGACUAGCUCCACCGGAGGUACGGCUGAUAAUCGCCAUGGUCGGUGCCAUUCUCGCGCCUCUCGGCCUAUUCAUUAUGGCGUUCACAACAUAUAAGCACGUCCACUGGAUCGGGCCCAUCAUAGGCUCCAUCCCAUUCGGUGCGGGGACGUACUUCAUUUUCACGGGCGUGUUCACAUACCUCGUCACCGCGUAUCGGCCGAUCGCUGCCAGUGCGAUGGCGGCGAAUAGCGCGGUACGAUCGAGCUUCGCAGCGGGCUUCCCACUAUUCGCAGGGCAGAUGUAUGACACCCUGGGCACGGUCGGCGCGACAGCUCUCCUAGCAGGGUUGCUGACCGUGAUGGCUCCUCUACCAUUUAUUCUCUACAGGAUAGGCGCGAGGAUACGGGCUAACUCCAAGUUCGCUGCUGCAUGAUACAACGUACACGAGCCUCCGACUGAUGACUUCACGAAGCUUCAAUGAAAGCCACCCUUAGCAACUCGGAUCUACUACUGUAUCAAACGCUGCUAUCGUUGCAUCCAUCUACUCAUAAUAGAGUACUGCUAGAGACACUUCCGUAAUGCACAUCACCUCGUACAUAUAAACAUUUACCGG